AUGAAUGCUGAAAAGUAUUUUGGCACCAGUGAAUUAUAUAAAAUUCUCGAAUUAGAUUCUUCGGCACCGACAAAAGAUGUGAAGACCAAUUAUUAUCGGCUAGCACUCAUCUAUCAUCCCGAUCGUGUUCCCGAAGCAGAAAAACCUCUUGCAAACGAAAAAUUCAACAUUUUACAUCAAGCAUAUUCGAUUUUGGCGAAUCCCGAAACUAAAAUCUUGUAUGACACCGGAAAAUUGCAAUUUUUUUUUUCAAAACCAACCAUUGUUGGAAAAUGGGAACAUUAUGUCGCACCGCUAACGUCUUCCGCAAUCGAAAGCGCACGUCAAAAAUAUCAAGGAAGUGUUUCUGAAGAGACUGACAUUAUUCGAGAAUUUACCAUCGGAAAAGGAAGUAUGACCCAUCUCUUUAAUACAAUUCCAUUUAUGCGUACUGAGGAUGAAGCACGUAUAAUUCAUGUGAUCAAAGAAUGUAUGCAAUCUGGAUCAAUUCCGAAAAUAUCAAUUCGCAAAAUGCGCCGAUGA